CAUAUGAUCAACAACGCCCGGGCGGGGCUGACGAAACUCCACCUGGACAACAACGAGAUCUCGGGGACCGUCCCUCCGACGACGGGCGAGCUCUCGGAGCUGCAGGAGCUUCGGCUGGACAACAACGAUCUCUCGGGCACCAUCCCUCCGCAGCUGGGCGGCAUCUCGUGGUUGAACCAGCUUUGGUUGUACAGCAACAAGAUCUCGGGCACCAUCCCUCCGACGACGGGCAAGCUCUCGCUGCUGCAGCAGCUUUUGCUGGACAACAACGAGAUAUCGGGCACCAUCCCGCCCGAGCUGGGCGGCAACUUGGGGCUGAGAUAUCUCUACCUGUACAGCAAUGACCUGUCCGGCACCGUGCCGUCG